AUGAUCCGGACCUGGAAGAUUCGGCCCGGAGAUCUAGUGAUGGUCAUCUCUGGUGGUGACAAGGGCUCGUCAGGAGAGGUGCUCAUGAUCGACCCUCGGAGAAACAUGCUUAAGGUCAAGGACAUGAACAAGCGCAAGGUGGUAGACGAGGAUGGAAACGCCAAGUUCAUCGAGAAAAAGAUUCACUAUUCGAAUGUAGCAUUGGUGGACCCGACUAGGGGCCAGGCAACCAGGGUGGGGCUCACCUUCACGGAGGACGGUGAUGCCAUCCGUGUCUCCAAGCUCACAGGUCACAUAAUACCUUGGCCAGACCCGCCCAAGAACGAGCUGAAGGAAGAGGAGCAUGAAGAGGGGCCUAAAGAUACUCCACCAGAGAUUGCAUUGCGGAAGACGUACGACUACCACGCAGACAAGGAUGCAAUGAGACUCGCCCGGCUGACCAUGACAAAGUACAACUACAACCGCUGA